CAAACUCAAAGGGCAGCACCGUCUUUUUCAUCACCACUCCCACUCUUCCUCCUCUUCACAUCCACCACCACACUUUCAUAUCUCAGUCCAAUUUUCCACUCUUCGUCUUCCCACAUCAAUGGCUCUGAAUCUCUGCACCUCCCCUAAAUGGAUCGGCACCACCGUUUUCGAUAGUACUUCUUCUUCGAAACCAUCUCUUGCUUCUUCUUCUUCUACAACUUCAUUUUCUUCUUCCAUUCUAAGUUCGAAGAGUGUUGGUAAACAGAGUUUGAGCUUGAGGAGGAAUGUUGGUGUCAGUGUAAGAUCCAGCUUGGAAACUGCGGGACCCACGGUGACGGUAGGGAAAGUGACUGAGGUUAACAAGGAUACGUUUUGGCCCAUCGUUAAUGCCGCCGGUGAUAAAGCCGUCGUCCUCGAUAUGUUCACCAAAUGGUGUGGUCCUUGCAAAGUGAUAGCUCCAUUAUACGAAGAGUUAUCUCAAAAGUAUUUGGAUGUUGUCUUUCUAAAGCUUGAUUGCAACCAAGAUAACAAGUCCUUGGCAAAAGAGCUAGGAAUUAAAGUGGUUCCCACUUUUAAAAUUCUGAAGGACAGCAAGAUUGUAAAAGAAGUAACUGGUGCUAAAUUUGAUGAUUUGCUCGCUGCCAUUGACAGUGUUCGGUCUAGUUAGACAGUAUUAUAACUAUUCUGUUUCUAUGUAAAAAUAUCAUGUUUGAUACCUUCUGAGUUCUGUAAGUAUUUCUACUGUAAUUGUGAGCUUGCUGAGGGGAAGACGACGAAAUGUCAUCGUGUUGUUGUUGUAAGCUGUAAUUUAUCAUUUCCUACGUUUAGGGAAAAGUUGCUCAAAAUAAUUUCUGUUACAAACUUGAUCAUGGGCUAUCUAUAAAGGUGAUCAGAUUGCUUAUAUUUUUGGAAGAAAAUAAAACUGCAUUAGAUAAAUAUGAA